AUUUAAGAUAUUGCGACCAGGCGAGCGGAUGGUCAGUUGGCACUCAGACCUUAACUUGUAUAUAUUUACAUUCCUACAUAUCUGGAUAAGUAACUAGAGUGCCGAAAUAGUCUUCAAUUAUUCGCCAACGUAAAAGAUAAUCUGUGAAUUAUAUUACGUUGAUUGACCGUCGUUAAUGUACUUAGUGUGUACGAAGAAAGCGCAGACAUAAGCAGUUGAGUAAGUGAAAGUGAGACAAGUGGAAAAGCAUAUGUGAAUUUUGAAGUUGUCGUUAAAUUGAUUGAUCGUGAUUAGAAGUUCCAAGAGGUAGAAUAUCAAUCUAACCAGCGAAUUCGAGAAGUUCAGUGCGGACUUGUGCAAAGAAAGAAUCUAGAACACAUAAUAAUGGAUGCUAAGCAGUUUCGAGAGUUUGGAAAAGCUGCUGUUGAUUUUGUAGCAGAUUAUCUGGAAAAUAUAAGGGAGCUCGAUGUCCUACCAUCCGUAACUCCUGGCUAUCUCAGUGAGCUUCUUCCCAAUGAAAUUCCGGACAAACCAGAAAAUUGGAAAGAUAUUUUGGAGGACAUCAAACGAGUGAUAGUUCCUGGAGUGACGCACUGGCAGUCUCCAAAUUUUCACGCUUACUAUCCCACCGCUACAUCAUAUCCUUCCAUAGUUGGUGAAAUGAUUGCUUCAGGAUUCGCCGUCAUUGGAUUCAGCUGGAUAACUAGUCCAGCCUGCACAGAGCUUGAAGUGAUCGUCAUGGAUUGGCUAGCCAAAUUCCUGAAUUUGCCAAGUCAAUUCCUCAAUUCAUCUGAAGGUCCUGGUGGCGGAAUCAUCCAAGGAUCAGCCAGUGAAUCUGUGCUGGUAGCUCUUCUAUCUGCUCGCGAACAAGCUGUCCGCAAACACAUGGCUAAGCAUCCUGAGAUGCCCGAGAGUGAUAUUCGGGGGCGACUCAUUGCCUACUCUAGUGACCAAAGUAACAGCUGCGUUGAGAAAGCUGGCCUUCUAGCAGCAGUUCCUAUAAGACUUAUCCCUGCUGGAGAUGAUUGCAUCUUGUGUGGAAAUGCGUUUGAGAAAGCGGUUCAGGAGGACAUAGCUAAUGGAAAAAUUCCAGUAAUUUGUAUUGCAACAACAGGUUCCACUGGAACAUGUGCUUACGAUGAUUUGACUUCAUUGGGACCUGUUUGCCAGAAGUAUGACAUCUGGCUUCACGUGGAUGCUGCGUAUGCUGGAGUAGCGUUUUGCCUACCGGAAUGCCAGAAUUUACUGAAAGGAAUGGAAUAUGCGGAUUCAUUGAACUUCAACCUUCAUAAGGCGAUGAAAGUCAAUUUCGACUGCACUGCAAUGUGGCUAAAGGACUCCGAGAAAGUUGUGGAUAGUUUCAUGGUCGACCGAAUUUACUUGAAGCAUCAAUACCAAGGACAGAAUCCCAAAGCACCAGACUACCGUCACUGGCAAAUUCCACUGGGUCGUCGGUUCCGUGCUUUGAAGGUCUGGAUUGUUCUCAGAACAUAUGGAGCUGAGGGAAUCCGCGAACAUGUCCGAAAUUACUUCAAACUAAGUGAACAAUUCGAAAAAUACAUUUCAACCGAUAAUCGGUUUGAGAUCACCAGUGAACGCAGUAUCGGUUUGGUUUGCUUCCGCUUCAAGGGUGACAACAACCACCUGACUAAAGCCCUCUUGGAUCGCAUAACAGAACGCAAAAAGAUUUACAUAAUCCAAGCAGCCCAUAAGGGUAAGAAUUUCUUGAGAUUCUGUGUAGCUGGAAUGGAUCCAAAACCAGAAGAUAUUGAGUUUGCUUGGAAUGAGAUUUCAUCACAGGCUGAUGCUGUCUUGCGAGAGGAGCGGGCGAAGAUAACCAAUGGAAUUGGUAGUGAUACAAAAGCUGGCAAUCUUAUGGCGGAAAAACUGAAUGCUGUGCUUACAAUUGAGGGUGAAUGUCAGGAGAAGGCCAAGUGAAGCGGAUGGUUAAUGGGAUAUGUUAUUAAUUGUUCGUGUAGAAUAAAGCCCCGUCACGUAUUACCUUCACUUUGUUGCAAUGUUGAAUCCUAUUUAUUUUUAAGAGUUUUUUUAUUGUUUUGUAAGAGACAUUCAAUAAAGUUUUUGGAACUUAAAA